ACCGCGGAGCCCUUAACCCUUGAGGUCUUCCCUCGGGCGAAGCAAAACAUCUAGUCACCAACCGGUGUCGGCUGCCCGAGCCUUGGCGACUUCGUUGCGAAGCCCAUCCGCUCCGCCGGCAAAGGGUAUGGCCGACGGCGGCGGCGGAGCUUCCUCCUCCUCCUCCAGAGACCCCGCUACUGGAGUCACCGGCGGUCAAGAUAAGCUCCCCUCCUCCUCCUCCGCCUCUUUGGACGGCGGCGCUUUCCUCCUCCGUCUCCUCCAAAAACCUCCUCAAACCCAACCCUCCGCCUUCCCUUCCUCUCUUCCCCCCAACGGCCCCAACCCUCGCCACCACGACCCCGCCGUCGCCGCCCUCGGCCCAAGCCGUCCCUUCCUUCCCCCCGAUUUCCGACCUCCACCGCCCUCCCACCCUCCCCAUCCGACGCCGCCGGCGGGCCACUUCCCCGAAGCCACCCUCUUCUCCCCUCCUCCCUUCUCUGUUCCCCCUGGGUUCCCCCCAGUCCUCUGGCCCGUCUUCCCUUCCCUUGGCGCCGAUGCUGGGAGCUCCCACGGCCCGGGGAACCACCCCUUCUUCCGGAUAGACCAAACUUUGGGGCUUUCGACCCCCGGCGUCGGCCCUCUUGCUGCCGCCCCUCCAAGCGGCGACCUUUACGGAAUUCCAGGGCACCCGCAUCAAGAUAGGGUUCUCGUGGAUCAAAUUGAGUCAAGUAGGAAGUUUUCCGGUUCUCGGGGGCCAGAGGGGAGGAGUGAUUUAAGACCACCACCGGGUUUUCAUAAAUUUCCGGCUGGUCGUGCUGCUGAAUUGGACAGGGGAUUGGCUGGCCAGAGCAUUCCCAAAGUUAGCACGCCGCAAUGGAAGGGGCAGGCCGAGAGGUCACAUGGGCACUUUGAGCGGACCCACUUCCAUGGAGAGAGAGGAAAAGAUGCCCCGUUUCAGAGGCCACCACACAGGCCACAGGGAUUGGGGCAAUGGAUCGCCACGCAUGAGAGGCAAGAUGGGGAUCAAAAGGUGGGGAGGAGGGAUAGGAGUUGGCGUGACGAGAAUCGUCAGUCUCAUUCUUACCCAGAUGAUGCAGCGGCACAUAAUAGAGAGUUUCGGCAAGAUGAUCAUGGGGAGCGGAGUGAUCUUACCCUCAAAUCCCAGCUUAGAAGUCGGCCUGUCAGCUCUAGCCAACCUAUCAACAGCCAUCGACAUCCUAUUGGCAAAAAGGAUGUUGGAGAAUCUGAGAAGAAUACGGACAAUGAUGUUGAUGAUGGAGGGAAGAAAGCUAGAGGGCAUAGACUGGAAAGUUCAGGCCAGAGUGAGAUUGAUGACAUAUCCUCUAGAAAGGAUAAUUGCGGGGAAGUGGAUUUGUUAAGCGAACAACUUCUGGAUUCGUUGGAGCUGAGGGCUGAUGCAGAGCUUAAGAAUGCUAUCACAAAUGUGAGUACUUCACGGGGUAAGGAUGUCAGGUCAGAUACUUCUAGAGGACAUUAUGUAUCAAGCCAGCGAGUGAGGAUCCGAAGGAGAACACUGGAAUGUCGCUGGAACAUUGAUUCACUGACACCAAGUUUCCUUUCAAUUUUUGAAUCUUUAGUACCUGCAGAGGAGGAAAUAGCCAAGCAAAAGCAAUUAUUACUUUCACUGCAGAAUUUGGUAAACAAGGAAUGGCCCAAUGCACGGCUGCACCUUUAUGGAUCAUGUGCCAAUUCAUUUGGGGUCUCAAAUAGUGACAUUGAUGUCUGUCUUGCUAUUGAUGAUACUGACAUAAACAAGCUUGAUAUUUUGUUAAAAUUGGCAGAUGUCUUGCAGUCUGGUAAGCUUCAAAAUGUGCAGGCACUAACUCGUGCGAGGGUUCCUAUAGUAAAGCUAAUGGAUCCAGUUACUGGACUUUCUUGUGAUAUAUGCAUCAAUAAUCUCUUAGCAGUUGUUAACACAAAGCUCCUGAAAGAUUAUGCACAAAUAGAUGAUAGAUUAAGGCAGUUGGCUUUUAUUGUGAAACAUUGGGCCAGAUCCCGUCGCGUCAACAUAACAUAUCAAGGGACUCUUUCUAGUUAUGCUUAUGUGCUAAUGUGCAUUCACUUCUUGCAACUCCGCAAGCCUGCAAUUCUUCCUUGUUUACAGGCAAUGGAGGCAACCUAUGCUGUAACUGUAGAUAAUGUUGAAUGUGCUUACUUUGAUCAAGUCGAAAAACUGCAUGAUUUUGGUGCUCGAAAUAAGGAAAGUAUUGCACGGUUGCUUUGGGCAUUUUUUCAGUACUGGGCAUAUCAUCAUGAUUAUACGAAUGAUGUUAUAUCUGUUCGAACGGGAAGCAUCAUUAGCAAGCAAGCUAAGGAUUGGACAAGGCGGAUUGGAAAUGAUCGUCACCUAAUAUGCAUAGAAGAUCCCUUUGAGAUUUCCCAUGAUCUUGGCCGUGUGGUCGACAAGUACAGCAUUAAAAUUCUGAGAGAAGAAUUUGAACGAGCUGCAGAAAUUCUGCAAUACGAUUCGAACCCCAGUGUCACUCUUUUUGAGCCUUAUGUACCGCUUCCAUUGCAAAGUUCAGACCAGAAAAAUCACUCAUUGAAAACCGCCUCUGCCGGUUGGCUGGUCAGGAUGGAAUCCUGGACCUUGGAGGAAGAGAUGAAUUAAGCGAAACAGAAACAAAAGUUUGUGAUCUUGUCAACACAUUACACGUGGAUCAUGGCCAUCUUGUACACAGUUUUUCGGUAUCAAAAGGGGCAAGUUUGAUAUCGUUGCUAGGGUUUAUACUGGAAGAAGUUACUCGUUACAAGACCUUAUUUUUGAUUUUUGACUAAUAUAUAGCGCGUGCUUCAUGCAGGCAUCAGAACUGUGGAUUAACUUUGUAUAUAUUUUUGGGGAGUCUGGGACUUGAGCACUAUUUUAUUGCAGUGGUUGUGGAGAUAUAUUUUUAUCCUAAUUUUCUUGUUUAAGCUUUUUUGAUGAUGCCUCGUGCUUGAGCACGAGAAGCGUUUAUGCUAACUUACUGUAAUCAAAGCCCGACAGAUGAAUGAUUACUGCUAAAAGAUACUAUAUAAACACAAUUAAAUUAUGUUUACUUAUUUAGUUUUGGUAGUCGCGAGGGGAAAAACCCCAGGUACAAGAAGAGGAAAGAAAGAAUAGACUACAACAACAAACUCCCAUUGAGUCAGCAGAGGAAUUUGAGAAGGAAAGUCAUCUGCCCAGAGUAAAGGGUGCACCAAAAAUGACGCCAGAUUUGCAUGGAAAUCUGCACCAUGGUUUCCUUCCCUAAGAACACAAGCAGCUUUGGAAUCAUCUAG